CCCAAGAUGGCGGCGCGGUCGUCGUCGGGGGUGGCGGCGGCAGAGGGGGCGGCGGCCGUGGCGGCAGCGGCGACGGCAGCCCGUGACGGCGGCGGCGGCGCGGGGCCUGGGCCGGGGGGAAUGAGGCAGCCGUGGCGGGCCAGCGGCCGAGCCGUGUAGAAGAGAAGCGGCUCCCCCUCCCUGCUUCCCUUGGCCGAGCCGGGGACGCGCGCGCGCGCCGCCGUCCGGAGCGGGCUCCCCACCCUCCACUCCCGCGACCCGCACCGCACCCCCACACGGGCCCGGAGGAUGAUGAAGCUCAAGUCGAACCAGACUCGCACCUAUGACGGCGACGGCUACAAGAAGCGGGCUGCGUGCCUGUGUUUCCGCAGCGAGAGCGAGGAGGAGGUGCUACUCGUGAGCAGUAGUCGCCAUCCAGACCGAUGGAUUGUCCCUGGGGGAGGCAUGGAGCCCGAGGAGGAGCCGAGUGUGGCAGCAGUCCGUGAAGUCUGUGAGGAGGCUGGAGUAAAAGGGACAUUGGGAAGAUUAGUUGGAAUUUUCGAGAACCAGGAGAGGAAGCACAGAACGUAUGUCUAUGUGCUCAUUGUCACAGAAGUGCUGGAAGACUGGGAAGAUUCAGUUAACAUUGGAAGGAAGAGGGAGUGGUUCAAAAUCGAAGAUGCCAUAAAAGUGCUGCAGUAUCACAAACCGGUGCAGGCGUCGUAUUUUGAAACGUUGAGGCAAGGCUACUCGGCCAACAACGGCACCCCAGUCGUGGCCACCACGUACUCGGUUUCCUCCCAGAGCUCCAUGCCGGGCAUCAGAUGACUGAAGACCCGCGCAAGAGGAACGGAAAUUGGAAACUAGACUGGAGUGCAGAUCUUCCCUCCCUUGCUCUUUUCACCUCUCCUCACAGGCCUCCUCUCCAAAUAAGGCAUGAUGGGCAGCAGAGAAAGCGGUUCUUGAUGGUGUUGCUGUGUGGUGUUAAGUGAUGGGCUUUUUCUUCUCUUUUUAUGGAGGGGGUGGGGGGUGGGUAUGUAAUUUGUAAGUACUUCUGUGCAUGAUCAGUCCCUCCCUUUUCACUCCCCUACAAUUGUCUAGAGAGACAGACAGCCUUCCCUCUGCCUUGGAUUCUGAAGUGUUCCUGUUCGUCUCACCCCAGCCCUGGCCAGACGUUUUUUCUUUGAUUUUUCAUUUUUUUUUUAUUAAAAGAUACCAAUAUGAGAUGAAACCUUUCAAGAAUGUGUCCUAUAAUGCGCUAUUCAGUCCAGGAGGUUGGUCACUUUCACCGUAGGGUACAUUUAUCUACACAUUAUAUACUGGGCAUAUAAUAUGUAAAUAAAUGACUUUUAGAAGAGGAAUUUAACUGUUUAAUUUUUCAGGGUUUUGUUUUGUUUUUUAAAUUCGGGGUGUUUCUGAAAUGGAGAGCCUCGCAGUUAAUUUCCCUUUUUGUUUUUUGAUGCUAGUGGCUUAGGUAAGUUUCCCUGUCCUCUCCCUUUUCCCCAGUCACUGACUAUAGUUACGUAGGGUACAGAAAGAGUUUAGCUACCUUUGUAGCGCUCCCAGGACUCCUGGCCUUCUCGAAGCUGUGUUUCCAUGUCAAGAAAGACACAGGAGGAAACCUGUUCUCUUUUUUAUUACCAAGCCAGGAGCGAAUGGCCUCAGCUUAGACCUGGAGAAGCAAUGAUAGAAAUUGAAUUCCUCCCUACAUGUUGACAGUAGGGAUUUGAACUGGAUUCUUGGGAUUGCUCUCUAAAACACUGGAGCAUCCAGCGCUGUUUUCUGUCCUGCGGGUUGGAAUUUUUUCCAUAAUGCUACUUACCGCCAACGGUGGCCUCUCUCCUUGUGCAUCCAUGCCUUACACCACGCCGAACUGGACGCUGUCCUUGUGCGGAAGCAUCUGGCUGUCCUGGGCCAGUGCAGGUGCACGGUCCCGUCCCCAUCCUGGGUGACCAUGUUAAGUUCCCGAAAAGGACACAGGAGGAAAAUGCAGGUGUCUGUUUAUCUUUGCAAUGUGACAGCACUUGGAAUUGCACCACGGAGCAUGCUCAGAAAUAGUAAAUUUGUCUCCCGCUGGGAUGCACAAGGUCCUCCUUUUGCUGCGAAGUGGUAUGGGAGAAUGCUCGGUCCUUGACUAGAACAGUGACAUCAUGCAUUGGCUCACUGCAAACUGUCGUGUUGGUUUUUGGUACAGGCUUCAUGCUGGCCUCAUUUGCCAGUCGUGUUGUUUAGCUGGGAAGUAAGCAGAAAAGAGUCUUGAGAUUGAGGGGUGGGUCUAGGAGGGGGGGGACACUGGUCCAUUCCUGGCUUAGGACAGGAUUUGUUGCUGUGCUUUUAGUGGCAUCUCCUUUGUCAAAACGUAGCCAAGAUGUGAAAUUAAAAUCGUAGUUCUCUUUAUUUAAAAAUUCUAAUAAAUACUCAAACUUUGAAAAGCUUUUGCUCUUCCCUCCCACUAGAAGAGAUGUAUAUAUACAUAUAUGUAAGAGACAUAGGCCUCUGUCAUUCAGUGUUCCACAAUUUUGGGGGGACAUCUUUUGGUGAACUUUAAAUUUUGCUGUCUGCUCCCAGUUUGUGUCUUCUCUCCCAGUCUUGAGGCACAGAACCAACAAGGAGUGCCCACAGUUUCCUUAAGAUACUGUUCUACCUCUGGGAAAGGAAUUCCGUCCCUAAGUAAGGGUCCCAGUGGACAGAAACAGCACCGUGGAAUUUGAGUCUAAAGACCAACUCGCUGUUCGCAUGUCCUCACUCAGAAACGAACAUACUGCCUGCUUGUUGCCUGAUUGAGAGCAGGCUGAGUUUCUGUCCAUAUAAGUAAAGGAGAAAAUGUAAUAAAUUCAACCAAGCACUAAGUGGAAUCCAAAAAACACAUUCUUCCAACUAAAUUCUACCUUUAUGAUAUGGAUUGAAAGUACUUUGCAGGAAAACAGGCAGGACUCCUGAAAAGAGAACUGCAGUGUUAAUAGUAAUUUGUGCACUUUUUCAUGAUCUAAAGCUGUUUUUACUGGGCUGGUGUCACAACACAUUACCCUACCAAGUCCAGUUUGGAUUGAUGUUGGCGUCUUUGGGUCAGGAAAGUGAACUGUGCCAAGAAGUAUUUUUCAGUGACAUGAAUGGAUCCUAUUAAUGCAGUUAACUGGGGAGAUUGUGCUGAUGCUUUCUUAACUGACAAAAAGAGGCUUUGUCCAACACCAGAAUUGUUGAAACUGGUGCUAUUUUCUGUUGCACUGGGAACCUGAUGAGUGGGGAUUGGUGUGUCUCCCUCCCUGGCACCAUUAACACCAUGGCUGUCUCCACUGGUGUGUAGUCAUAGCCCUUCUGUGAUAGAUUACUCAGACCCAUGCUGGCAGUAGCCGUUACACCUCCCCAAAGAAAGCAAGGGGAAACAGAAGAAAGUACAAAAAUGAUCCCACUUGCAGAGUCUUUCUUUGACACUGCUUUGCUGUGAGUUCUGCAAGUACUCACCUUAUUCAGGCUUGAUACACACGGGUUCUUGUGUACAGGGCAGAUACAAAGUCUCAUGGUGAACUUCCCCAUCCUAGAUUCUGGUUUAUUCCUAGGGUGUCUAGCACCGUCCACCAUGCUCAGGAUAGAGAAAGACAGCAUUGGAUAUUUUAAAAUUAACUUUGUUUUUAGUUUAUCAAUUUGCAGCCACUGGGAAGCAUCAGUGAGGUCAUGCCAUCUUUUUGGACCAGGACUGUGUGUGAGUGUGUGUGUGUGUGUGUGAGAAAGAGAGAGAGAAGAGCUACCAGGAGUCAGCUGUAUUUGUUUGUUUGUUUGUUUUGUAGCCUUCCAGAAUGGUGCAGCCCAUGAAACAGGAGUCUUGAUUUUUCUUGUAGUAAACCUGGCAUGAUGGAAAAGUUAACGAAUUGACGGUUUUGUUUUUACAAGUGUCUGCUGCCCCAUCUGCCCUGCGUGGAGAGGGCUCCCGCGCUGCUGGGUCUGAGCUGAGGCCAUCUGGAGGGAUCAAAGAGUGUGGGAGGAACACCCCCUGCGAGGCCAUGGAAGGCCUCGAAGGUGGCUUCGCGGCAGGAUUUCCGCCCUCGGCAUGGCGCGGCGCAGCGCUGUGGAGCCGUGAGGCCCUCGAGGCCUUGCCUCUCACAGCCUCUGGGGAGCAGAGCGGGUCACUGCCCUCUGGGAGGCUUUUGCAGCAGUUCUGUAAACGUGUUCCACACAGUCAAGUUCCUCCGUGACACAUAAUUUCUCUUUUGAUGUUAGGAGUCAGUCCAUGUAAGGUCUCUCAGACUUGCUUAGAAGAAGAAAAAAAUCACCUUUUGUUUUGAAAAGUAAAAAACGUCCACGCAGAACCGUUCUUCCUCCUUCUUCCUCUUUCUCUGGCCCACAUACAGUGCUCAUUAGAGGCUCCCCUCCCCCCGCCCAGAACCUAUGUAACCAGAAGAGUAAUCCGCCUCCCGCCGGACCCGGGUGCGCAUCUCACAUUGUCCUGUACGUGCUCGUCGUUUCCACCUAGCGCUGGAGGAAUGCCUCUGUUGGUCUCCCCACCUGAGCUUUUUUUAAAAUAGCUUAGCCUGAGCCACAUUUCUUUUGGUUCACAGAAAGGAUUUAAUAACCACAGCGCGAUCUUUGCCACGACUGUGUGAUUUUUAGUAUUUCUGAAGUGUUCUCGAAGUCCAGCCUAGUUGAGAGAAAAUUUAGAAUUAGAAGAAAUACCUGGAGAAGUCGUCACAGUAGGCUGAAUGUUUGCUUUAAGGGAAAUGAGGAUUUGCUAUAAUUGAUAAUCAAGCGUCAUCCUGGUCCCUUCUGCAUUUCAGAAAGUAACGCUCAUGUUUAUAACAAAUAGGAGACAUGUUAGCUCAAGAGGCUCUGGGGUGAGGAGAUUAUCUAAUGGCGAUUAUAUAAUGCAACAGCUCUUGGGGCUCUUAUUCUUGAAACUCUAAAAGAGGCCAGACCUGAAGUGACACAGGUCAUACUGCCCAGCUGAAGUGACAGCCAUUCCUUCUGAGCCCUGCUGGGAUGGAACCCAUUUCCCCAAGGCUGUGGGGGUGCUUCCAGGCCGUGCAGACAUUGAUGUUGGUGACGUCAGCCUUGCUCCAUCCGGGCACCCAUCUCACUUGGAGUAGGUGGGAAAGCAGCCCAGGGUCAGCCUCUGUUCUCUGGGGUGAGCCUUGCAAACAGACACCUCCCCAUCCCAGAGGAGCUAUUUUCCAUGUCACUUUAGAUGUCACCCAAAGCAGACAUUUGAGAUGUUCAGGUAGUAAAUGGGGAAGCAUUGGCUGCUAUCCAUAGAAGCUACUGUUGUCUGUUGAUUCGGUGGCUUGAGAUGACCACAGGCCCUGGGAACCUGGAGAUUUUAGGCAGACUGUCAUCUGGAGGCCAACAGCCCUCCUACUUCCACCUCUGCAAAGGCAGCUUCACAUUUUGACUGCAUUUUUGCCGUAGCUGAUGACCUUUCAGGGAUGGAGAAGCCUAAUCAGAACAUCCAAGACAAUGAUCCCCUCACCCUCAGACUCAUCGAGUAGUUCCUCCUAGUCCCUUAAAAACUAAUAAAAAGAGAAGGAAAGCAUGCCGUUUGGUGAGGCUUUGAGCUGAGGCUAGCAGUCACGUGAUUUCGUGAGUCUGCAGUAUGGAGCUUUCUAAGUAAAGGCAUGACUCUCCCCGGAAGCUUUAUUUAUAGUGAAGAUUUGGUGAGCUUUAGUUGUCUGAAAAAAUGAGACGGUCCACUUAAAGGGGAGCUCACAGGGAAGCCACAGUAACUCAGAAUUCGCACCAGGAGGGGUUCUACUGGAGAAGAAAGUGCCUUUGGGCCAAAAAGCAAGAUUUAAUAGCUAAAAGGUGGACAGGCAUUGCUUCUGUUCCUCCAGCAACCAGUUGUUUAAUAAUUAACUCUAGGUUUCCUUUGGUUUACAGUCUCAGUUCUUAACCCUGGACGGAGGUCCCUAGAACAACAAAAAGGCAUCUAAAACCCUGGAGAUUGGCUUUAAAAGAUCCAAAAGCAGCAGCAUUGUCAUUUUCCAGGUUUCUCGCCAUUUUGAUGUGCUGCCCAUCCUUGCACACACUCUGCAGCCAGGCCAGAUGGGAAGACUGUAUUCGUUGACUUGAGGAGCCUAAAUUCUGGUUCUGGAACAAUUACCUGCUAAAUUGCUUACUGCCAGUGGAAGUUACCUGUGGGGUGUACCUUUCAGAGAACAUUUCAUCAGUGUAGUAAAAUUGCUCCGGGCUCGAGGGCCCAAUCAGGCAUUUGGAUCAAAACUAAGUCUUUGGGCCACCUUAGGGAAAAAGCAAGAUACCUAAAUCCCAGGGCUGGGCCUUGAGACCGUACCCCUCAUCUCCCUAGUAUGGGGUGAAGUAGCGCCUUCAGGAAAUCAUUUUUCCAGUGAGAUUGCCUGUAAAUCCCUAGGGGAAGUAACACCAGUAUGAACCUGUCUUUCUGAGCACUUUUAUGCCAACUUGAAAAUGGUAAGCUAAAGCAGCAAGGACUCAUGUAGCCUCUUUAUUGUCCCAUUAGGGGCGAAAAAAGCUUCUCAGGGUUAAACCUUGAUCUUUAACCGCUAUUUGUUGUGGAGAAGAUAUGUCACUAACAAAUGAUCAAAAAAGGACCUCUGGUUUUGGUUUCUCGAGUCCAGCGACAUAACAGAUAUGACUUACGCCCAGGAAGGUAGAGGCUGAUGACCAAGACACCCACAAACCAGAAGGGUCUGUCCCACAUAGAGCCUCCACUGGGAACAGAUCUGAGGCUAGGUUUUGGAGAACUUCCAAAGCGCUGAAAUGAAGGGAGGACUUUGAGGGCCUUUGCUCAGCGAGAACAGGAAGGAGCUCCAGCGGGAGUGGCAGGCAUUAAAGAUUGAAGCCACAGUGCGCAGACUCAGAGCUCCCCUUUUGCCACUUCUCACAGGGCUCGUGCACUUUCUGCUCAGAAUCCAAGGGGACCCUCCUCUCCAAAAUCUUACUGGCUUCAGGUGUUUUGUUUAGCCUCUGAGAACCUCCCCCGUUCACUCCGACCUACAGGUGGACAUAGAUGUGUUGCUCGGGGCACAGAUGCGUGAGUGCGUCCGGGGCCCAGGAGCACGGUGUUGUGUUUAGUGGUUAGAAAAACAGUUGGUCCACUCUGUGAACAGCAUGUGGUGCAGUGUUAACACGCAUCAGGUCUGUUGAUUGUUUCGUAGUCUGAAAACCUCCGAGCUGGUUUAUCGCCCAAGAAAAGGCAGAUGGUUAGACUAAGGAACAUGUAGCUCGUACCUCUAUCUUUGGAACGAUAGCUGUCAGUUUGCUGUGUGCUUAAGGAAGUUAGGAGCAUUUGAAGAUGUCGGGAGCUGUUGUAAAAAUAAAGCAAGUGGCUCUGGCCUACUCAAGUGUAUCAGAGAGAGGGCGUGGUUAGUAGCAUCUUUAAAUCUGCUCUGGGCAGCCCCGCCUUCAUUUCAAGGACCUUGUCUCCUCUCCUCUCCAAUGACCUUGGUAGGGGUUGAGCUCUGAGGAGGCAGUGAGGCCCCAGUUCCUGUUGGCUAGGCUGCAGGAUGUGGCCUCCAGUCAGAGGUUUUUUUAAGUAAGGAGUUUCCUCACCAUGAUUCCUGCCGCAUCACUCACUUCCCACCAGCAUCCAAAAAGAUUAAAAUCCUGGGGACCAUUCCAGUUCUAAAACAGAGGAACUAGAUGUGCUUCCUCCCCUUUUGCAAGUGUAUCGUCCCGAUGCAGUCUCCCUUUGGCCAAGGUCCGACAGUUAUUUCCAGGGAACCCCUUAAAUUGAGGCAAGUAGCCAAGAUGUUUUGAGUUUUUCCUCCAGAAGACCAUCUUUGUCCCUUCCCCCUCGUGCUAACACAUUUUAACCAAGUCUUAAAAGGUCAAGCCCAGUAAUGUCUCCAGAACUGAGACAAGAUCCAAGGGCUGGGCCCCCAGGGACCUCCCCUGGGGGAUCCCACGCGCUCAACCUAGACUGUUCCGAUCCCACUGGAAGUGUGCUACUGUCCCCACCCACCAGGGCCCCCCAGAAAAGCAGACGACUUAGGCUUCCCGUCAUUAGGGCACAGAGUCCUUUAGUGACCAGUCUACAGAGUGAGUGUGCAUAUCACCUGCGUGGGCAGCGUGCCUCCAAUUUGUAGAAAGGGCAGAAAGUGGAACCUCCAGUGGGCUGAGUACUCACAUCCGUGGAGAGGUUGGCGGAAAUAAUCCCAGUGAGCGCAGCAAAACUGAUGAAACCAAGGAGCCGUGCCUGUAUGGGAGGAGGAGUUGGUUGCGGUCCUUUUUAUCUCUUGGGACCUGACGCUGCGGUAUGAAGCUGGGGUUUGGAAUCAUGUCACCCUUCCCCAAUCCAAAUGCACUCCCGGACUUGGGAGCCUCCAACCCACAGGGGCAUGGUCUUUUCCAUUUUUUGUUUGUUCCAAAACAGCCUUGCUUGGUAUUGCAUGGAAAGUUCCGGUUUUCCUUCCUGCCCACUUGGGGCCACCCGCCCAGUGUCUUCACAGCACUUGUGGGAAGAGCUGCGCAGUGCCCUCAGGGGCUGCGGGGAGUGGAAUUUGGUUCAGAGAAGGCAGCAGAAACUGAAUUUUCGUGUUUCCUCUUCUCAAGGAGGGUGUCUUUAGGCUUCCUUCAUGCUUCUCUUUCCUGUGGGUACAGUUGGGUUGGGAAGAAGGGCUGAAAAGAAAAGGAGACGGGGUCCAGCCAGCCCAGGUUUGGGUCUGAGACAGGUACACAGCUGAUGCGAGUCCCACUUUCCCCCCUUCAGUAGCAGGCCAGUCAUAUGUAACGAUUCUCCUGUACUCCUUCUGUGGAGCCAACAACAGAGGACAGACAGACCCUCCCCUGUAGUCUGGAUAGAGCUUCCGUACUUUCCCUGAAGUUCCACCACCCCCAUAGCCCACUCCUUUUUGUAAAAACAAAUGCUUAAUCCUGUGAGCGUGCUGUUCCUUUCUAUGUGUUCAUCAGUUUCCUUCCAUUGGAGCUGUGUGGGAGGGAAGGCCAUUGGAAUUGUAGGUUGUAAUCUUGUGCCAACCAAUAAAAACCAGUAUUUCGCACACA